AUGGUCACCAAUACAAAGAAAACAACUACUGCCACUACCGUUGCACCAAAUAAAAAGGCACCAGUAAAGACUGCUGUUGCUGCUGCUUCUCCAGUCAAGAAGACUGUUGUUGCUGCUGCCGCUGCUCCAGCCAAGAAGACUGUUGUCGCUGCUGCUCCAGCUCCAGUCAAGAAGGCUACUCCAGCUGCCGCUGCACCAGCCCCAGCUGUAGCCAAGAAACAACCAACUCCAACUAAAAAGGCUGCUCCAGCACCAGCCCCAGUUGUAGCCAAGAAACAACCAACUCCAACCCCAACCAAGUCAGUUGUUACAAAGAAAGAUCUCAUCAAACAAAAGAUGGAAGACUUCCAAACUCAAAACAAGAACAAUAAUAAUAAGAACAAUAAGAAGAACAACAAGAAACAACAAAUUGACGACGACGAUGAAGAUUUGGAAGAAUUGGAUCAAGACGAAAUAGAUGAACUCGAAAAGGAAUUUGGAAAGAUGGAUAGUGAUGAUGACCAAGAUGACGAUGAUGAUGAUGAAGAUAUCGAUCUCGACAAUCUCGGUAGUGAUGAUGACGAUGAUAUUAUAGAAGAUGAGGAAGACGAUGAUGAUCUUGAAGAUCUCGACUCUGAAGAUUUGGAAAUGUUAGAUAGUCAAGAUGAUGAUGAUAGUGACAGUGAUGACAGUGAAGAAGAAGAGGAAGUUAAACCAGCUCCAUCUAAACCAGCUGCCAAACAAUCCAAAAAACCAGCUGCCGCUGCUCCAGCCAAGCCAGUUGUCGCCGCUGUCGAACCAAAGAAGACUCCAGAAAAGAAGCAACCUGCUGCUGCUGCUCCAGCCAAGCCAGUCGCUGCUGCCAAGCCAGUCGCUGCUGCCAAGCCAGUUGUUGCCGCCGUCCCAGAAAAGAAGCAACCAGUCAAGCCAGCUGCCGCUGCUGCCGCUGCUGCCAAGCCAGUCGUCGCUGCCACCCCAGUCGCCGCUGAACCAAAGAAAAAUAACAAGAGAAAGGAAUCAGAACCAACUACCACCACUACCACCAUCACGGAGACUACUACUCCAACUCCAACUACAACUACAACUGAACCAGCAAAGAAAAAGAAAAAGACACCAGAAGCUUUGGAACGUCAAGCACAUAGAGAUGCAAAGAAAAAAUUGAGAGCAGAGACUAAAGAACAAAGACGUCAAGAUGCCCUCGAGAUGCCCGACCGUAUUGCCGCCAACAAGGAACAAAAGAUGGCCGACUUGCAAUACAACGAGCAUUUGAACCAAGACCCAUCGUGUGUCAUCUACAUUGGUCAUUUGCCACAUGGAUUCUACGAGACUCAAUUGGCUGCCUACUUUACCCAGUUUGGUGAUGUCACUGGUGUAUAUGUAUCACGUAAUAAGAAGACUGGACAAUCCAGAGGUUACGCCUUUGUCAGAUUCCUCAAGGCCGAGGUUGCCGACACUGCCGCCAAGAGCAUGAACGGUUACCUCAUCUUUGGAAAGAGAUUGGUUUGCAAGGUCAACACUACCCCCAUUCCAAAGACCUCUUUUACUCUCCAUACUCCAUUCAAUCAAUACAAGAUUCCAAGUUCUGCUAAAUCCUCCUCAAAUACAAAUACAACCUCUUCAUCAUCAUCAUCAUCAUCAACAGAAAAUACAACUGCCGCCGUCAAACCACAACACAAAGCUCAACGUAUUAUUAAAACUCAAUUGGCAAAGUUGGAAGCAAUCAAAGAAUUAGGUGUUAAAUAUACUUUACCAAAGAUUCAAACUAAAUAA